AUGUCGCGAUUUCUUCGACCAGACCGGUUUGAUGUCGAACCUGAAACACCGGCAGCAGACCUAAAAUGGAGCCACUGGCGGUAUACAUUUUCAAAUUUUUUAGGCCACGAACAAUCAAAUCAGAUUUCUGAUUCAACUAAGUUAAAAUUGCUCAUCAACCAUUUGUCGCCGACAGUCUAUUCACUAAUACGUGACUGUUCUUCUUAUGUGACUACCAUUCAAUUGCUUGAUAGCAUUUAUAUAAAGGCUAAAAAUGAAAUCCAUGCACGAUAUACUCUAGCAACCAGAAAACAAAAGCCCGAGGAGUCUAUUACUGAAUAUAUUCGAGCUCUCAGGCAAUUAGCAUACGACUGUAAUUUCAAAAACGUAACGGCGGAGCAAAAUAAGAAUGACUAUAUUCGUGAUGCCUUCAUAUCGGGUAUCACAAGUCAAAAGAUACGACAAAGGCUUUUAGAAAACAUAACUUUGACAUUGGAGGAAGCCCAAAAUCAAGCUACAUCUUUAGAAACUGCUGAAAAAAAUUCUUUAACUUAUACAAACUGCAAUAAUCAUCAAAUGCAAUUACAUGCUGUAACUGAUACUUACAAUGAAAAACCAGAAAGUAGCACGCAGAAUUACAGCAUAGCCAUUGCAGCAAGUCAACGUAAGCGAUGUUUUUUUUGUGGUAAUAAAAGUCUACAUCAACGCAUAAAAUGCCCUGCUUUUAACGCAAUAUGUCAAUUAUGUUUAAAGAAAGGACACUUCGCUACUGUUUGCAAAAGUGGUAGACCAACUGUAAAUGCUGUAGACAGUGAAGUUGCGGAUGAUAUUAAAACCAAAUAUAUAUCUGCUGCAUCUCCAUCUAGCUUAAGCAAAGCGACAGUGCCUAUUAUGAUUAAUGAAUUCCACGCUGAAGCUCUGAUUGACACAGGAAGUUCUGUCAGUUUUAUAAAUAAGACAUUAGCCCAAAAUAUGAACUUAAAGAUGAGACCUCAUAAGCAGGCUAUAUCUUUGGCUUCCCUUAGUCAUAUUUCUUUUGUAGAAGGCAUUACAUAUGCAACGAUAAAUUUAGACAAGCAUACAUAUUCAAAUCAACCUUUACUGAUUGUCAAUAACCUAUGUGCAGAUGUUAUCCUAGGACAUGAUUUAUUGAAAAGCCACAAGACAUUAGAAUUCAACUUUGGGGGUUCAAGGGAUUCCUUAAAAAUAUGUGUUAUGGAAGCGUCAGUACCUCCUGUAUCGUUGUUUACGAACCUUUCUUCAAACAUAAAGCCAAUUGCAAUAAAGUCAAGGCGUUAUACAAAAAUUGAUGAAGAAUUUAUUAGAGGAGAAGUUUCUAAAUUGUUGAAAGAUGGAGUGAUUGAACCAAGUAACUCUCCUUGGCGAGCGCAAGUACUAGUAACAGGAGGCACUACACAUCGAAAACGUCUUGUCAUUGAUUAUUCCUUAACAAUUAAUAGAUUCACUGAACUCGAUGCGUAUCCACUACCUAACAUUGAAUCUAUGGUUUCCAACGUUGCAAAAUACAACUAUUUCAGCCAAAUUGAUUUAAAAAGCGCUUAUCACCAAGUGCCGAUUUUAGAGACUGAACGAAAAUAUACAGCAUUUGAAGCAUGUGGGGCCCUAUAUCAAUUUACUCGUAUACCAUUUGGAGUCACUAACGGCGUGGCUGCGUUUCAGAGAACGCUACAGUUCAUAAUUGAGGCUGAAAAUCUUAGAGGCACCUUCUGUUAUUUAGAUGACGUGACUGUAUGUGGCAAAAAUAGAGACGAACACGAUAAAAACUUGCAGCAAUUUAUGAAUGCUGUGAAGAAAUACAAACUUACGUUAAAUGAGAAGAAAUGCACUUUUGGAUCAAAAAGUAUAAGUCUAUUAGGAUAUUACAUUGAGAAUAACGUUAUCAAGCCAGACAAAGAACGAUUAAAACCACUAUUGGAUCUCCUUACUCCAACAGAUGCAGCCUCAUUAAAACGUACUUUGGGUAUGUUAGCUCACUAUUCGAAGUGGAUUUACAACUUUUCAUACCUUAUUAAGCCUUUGAUUGAUAACACACGAUUCCCACUUAGUCAAGAAGCCAUAAAAUGUUUUAAUAUUUUAAAAUUGGAAAUAGCCAAAGCGUCUCUGACAGCUAUUGACAAUGAUGAAACUUUUACAGUAGAAACCGAUGCAUCCGAGCACUCAAUAGCUGCUACCCUUUCUCAAAAUGGUCGCCCUGUAGCUUUCCUUUCAAGAACUUUGUCCAACACUGAACGCGGCCAUUCAUCUAUAGAAAAAGAAGCAAGCGCAAUUGUGGAAGCACUUCGUAAAUGGCGCCACUAUCUUAUUGGAAGAAAUUUUAUUUUGAUAACCGAUCAGCAGUCUGUUGCUUUUAUGUUCAAUCAAAAACAUUUAAGCAAAAUAAAAAAUGAAAAAAUUGAACGGUGGCGCUUAGAACUGUCUUGCUAUAAAUACUACAUAAUUUAUCGUCCAGGUCGACAAAAUACUGUAGCUGAUGCAUUAUCAAGAGUAUGCGCUCUCAUUAAUCCGAAUAAGCUGUAUGAACUACAUGACCAGCUGUGUCAUCCCGGUGUUACCAGAAUGGUACACUGGAUAAGAUCAAAGAAUCUUCCAUAUUCUGUUGAAGAAAUAAGAUUAAUGACAGCAUCUUGUAAAGUAUGUGCUGAGAUAAAACCACGGUUCUGUCAAUCAAAAGGCCAGUUGAUAAAAGCUAUUGCUCCAUUCGAGAGAAUAAAUAUCGAUUUUAAAGGCCCACUCCCAUCGAAUACUCAAAACCGAUACCUACUGACAAUUAUAGACGAGUACUCGAGGUUUCCGUUUGCGUAUCCCUGCAGUGAUUUAUCGGCUGCUACAGUGAUACGAUGUUUGAAAGAUCUUUUUCACACUUUCGGAUUUCCAUUAUACGUACAUUCCGAUCGAGGUACGACUUUUUUAUCAGAAGAGCUCAAAAAUUUUCUAACGCCACUUGGAAUAGCUACAAGCAGAACCACACCUUACAAUCCUCAAGGAAAUGGCCAAGUUGAACGACUAAAUGGCACAUUAUGGAGAGCAAUACAACUCAGUCUUCGUUCCAAGAAUAUGGACAUUUCAAACUGGGAAAGCGUAUUAUCCAAUGCGUUACACUCACUUCGGUCGCUUUUAUGUACGACUACAAACGUCACUCCCCAUGAAAGAAUGUUCAAUCAUCCACGUCGUUCGCCUAAUGGAAAAUCUUUACCUACGUGGCUUAUAAACUCUGGACCUGUACUUAUAAAGAAAAAUAUAAGAACAUCCAAAUAUGAUCCACUUGUUGAAGAAGCAGAAGUUUUUCACGCAAAUCCAACUUACUCGCAUGUUCGUCUCUCUGAUGGCCGAGAAUGCACUGUAUCCAAUAGACAAUUGGCGCCUCUUCCUAUGAUUCGGAUUAGUGAAGAGGAAAAUGAAAAUGGCCAAGAUAAUGGAAAUAAUAUUCGCCCUGAUAUGAAUACAAACAAUGAGCCAGUAGAACCUGUACAAUCUAAACAAACCGAAAAUGUUCAAAAUAACAGUACAGAGCACGAUACAGAAAAUAGCGGACUGCGCCGUUCCACUCGUGACAGACGGCCUCCCUCAUAUCUGCGCGAUUAUGUUGGAACUUCAAGGGCGGGUGAUUGUAGUAUACUUACCUCUUUGUUAUAA